AUGAGUCCCCAUAAAAUCGAUAUCCUUCCAUCUCUUGCAGCCCUAACACAAUAUGGAAUCUCGAAGAACGGUUUCCUGCCGGUAGAGACGCCUCUAAGUCGCCUGCCCCAUGACUACUACGAGCCUUGGGAACGGGUGAUCGAACAGCUGCCAAUGUUGAUCGAGGCUCAACAGAUAAGACAGUGGGUAGAUAGGCUACCAAUCCUCAGUACUGGUCAUUUGAGUAGCGAGCCGGAAUGGCAGAGAGCCCACUCGAUACUAGCAGUAAUUGCUCAAGGCUACAUUUGGACAGGUCCCGAACCAUCAGAGCGUUUACCUCCUGCCAUCACUAUUCCCUUCCUCGGAACCUCCAAACAUCUUGAAGUAUACCCCGUGGCAACGUACGCGGCGUUGAAUCUUUGGAAUUGGAGACCGCUCAAAGAGAAUACAGCACUUACCCAGCCGGAGAACCUUGUCGCACUUCAUACGGCAACCGGAAGCGAUGACGAAUCAUGGUUCUUUAUCAUUUCCAACGCCAUGGAGGCAAGUGCGGGCCCAUUAAUCGAGACAAUGCUUGGAGCUAUAGAGGCAGUAGAAGUAGAUGACAUACCGACAAUUGUCCAAGCAUUGAAGUUCUUCGAGCAAAGCAUGCAGCAUAUCGGUAGCCUUCUUGUGCGCAUGGAUGAGCGAUGCAAUCCUCAGGUCUUCUAUCAUACUAUUCGACCGUUCUUGGCGGGUAGUAUGAACAUGGAAGCCGCUGGUCUUCCUAAUGGCGUGUUUUACGAUGAGGGCGAAGGCAAAGGGUCGUGGAAAAAGUAUCGUGGUGGGAGCAAUGGGCAGAGUUCGCUUCUGCAAUUUUGCGAUGCUGUCUUAUCGGUCGACCAUGCCCGGAGUGGAGGUUUCCACAAAGAAAUGCGACUUUAUAUGCCGGGCCCUCACGCUAGAUUUCUAGAAGAAGUUGAGGCCAUAGCAAACAUCCGAAAUUAUGUCGGUAGUCAUCGGGACGAUCCUAAGCUGGUAGCAGUUUUCAACGCAGCGGUCGCAGCCCUUAGCGGGUUUCGUGACAAGCAUAUGGCUUUGGUGACCAGGUAUAUAAUAAUACCUAGCCGCAUGGCCGGGCCGGUCGGUGUGGUCAAGCGCAGAGACAUCGCAUCUGCAUCGACCAUGCUGGCAUCGAAGAAGCCACAUACACAAGAGUUGGUCGGAACCGGAGGCACUACGCUGAUCCCCUUCUUGCGAAUAUCAAGGAACGAAACUAGUGAAGCAGCAGUCUCGCACUGA